AUGGCAGACAGCACUAUUGUCCUAGUCACUGGAGCGAAUUCAGGGAUCGGCUAUGAGGCUAUCAAGAUCCUAUUGCAGUCUGAGAAGAAAUACGCCAUCCUGCUAGGCGGCCGAGAUGAGACGAAGGUCAACGCAGCCGUGGAGUCGGCUAAGAAGGAACUCCUAAACUCCCACAGCACCCUCGAACCCCUCGUCAUCGACCUCGCCAGCGAUGAGAGCAUCACCAAAGCCAAAGACACCGUGGAAGCCAAAUACGGCCGUAUGGACGCCCUCGUGAACAACGCCGGCGUCUCCAUGGAUGCCACCGCCGCGGGAGGCAAAAUGACCGUCCGCGAGGCCUUCAACAUGAACUGGGACAUCAACGUCACAGGCACGCACCUCGCCACCCACACCUUCCUACCUCUGCUACUGAAAUCCUCCGACCCGCGCAUCAUCUUCAACACCUCCGGCAUGUCCUCCCUCGCCCGCUGCUCCGACCCCACCUCCCCCUGGGUCAAAUACCCCGACGCAGGCCUGCCGAAACCUUUCUCCCCAGUGGGGUACAUGUCCUCCAAGACCGGGCUGAAUAUGGUCAUGGUGCAGUGGGCGCGGCAGCUGAAGAACGACGGGGUGAAAGUCUGGGCUGUGAGUCCGGGGUUUUUGGCUACGAACCUUGGGGGUCGUCCGGAGCUUUUGAAGAAGAUGGGGGCCGGGGAUCCGAGUCAGGGUGGCAGGGCGCUGGUGGAGUGUGUGGAGGGCGCGAGGGAUGGGGAGGUGGGGAGGGUUGUU